UACUAUAAGAGAACAGUAUGUCUUGCAAUACUUUUUUAGGGUAGGAUGAUUUCCCUAGCUGUCAUGGAAUCAGGCAACAAUGGAGAGUGCUGAUUUGCCCAAUACAUUCUUAAGAUUUUCCAUCUUUGCAUUGAAGAUUGACCCUGAAGCAUUUUGAUACACAUACAGUAUAAUUUGAAGGAAACUGCAGAAUGAAAGUAGACAAAAGGCCUUUAUUAGCAAAAAGUGAACCACAGGUGCUGAGGAGGUGAAACAUCUUUGAGAAACUGGCUGUCUCUGCAGAAGUAGUGGGUAUUUGAGGCUUCAAUGGAAUUUUAAUAAGGAUUAUGCUGAGCAAAGGGAUUUCAAUGCAAAUGUGCUUCUCUAAGCCUUGAGCUUCUUCAGGUGAAGCAGUGUCUCUGGAUGGCUUCUGCAAGUGAGGUGGUUUCAUGGCCACAGAACAGGAAUGAAGUGAAAGAUGAGAAUAUAUGUUGUGUGGUGUAAUUUAGGAAUCACUUUUCCCCAUUUCUGGUUUAUAUUCCCUGAGUGUAUUUGAAAGUCUAUAGAUUUAGUUUUUUUUUUAAUUGAAAGCUUAGUUCUGUAAUACAUUACUAGAUCAUUUGUUAUUAAGCUGAAGGAUAAGACCAGUGUUUAAUGACAAAAUACAAAUAGUAAUUUUUUUCUAUAUUUUGCUAAAAAAUAUAUAAUUCUACCAUUUCAUUUAAAAAACCCUACUAUGCUGCACUUUUUAGUGUUAUGUACAUAUUAUUCGGAAAUGGAGUCUGGAAUGGAAUCUGAUCCAAAUGUAGUAUUAAGCACAAAGAAAGUGGUGCUUUGUUUAAGUCUGGGGAGAAGAAAGAUUAAUAUUUCCAAUGAACUAGUGCUCCUUGCAGCAUUUACUGUGAAAUAUCCCUGCUAUUUUUCAUUGUUGAGGACAAAAAUUAGAAAUUCUGAGUCUUAAAAAAUUGUCUGUGCAAAAUUUGGGUAAAACCUAAAAAUGUCUGUACCUGACUCUGGAUAAUACUUAGAGAAAAAUUAGUAAAUGAGAUACAUUCUAUUUAUUUAGGAUUAUAUCUUUUCAAUUACCUAAGCUGCUGAACUUCAAUAUUUUGUGUUUAGACGGGGGAUUUAUGUUUACAUUAAAAUCACUUCAGUAAAAGGUGUGGUUUUACAAUUUUUUAACUCCUAAAAGAGUAUUUAAAUACUCUUGCUGCACAGAGGGACGGUCAUGCUUUUUUUCUGGUUAGCGAUCUAAGAGGUAAUCCUGUGGAAAACAAAACAGAACAAAAAGAAGAUUAAAAUGUUCUGCUGGAUCAAAGAAGGAAACAGCAGGAACAUGUAUGGGGUUAUCAGGAGAAGCAGGGGUGAGCCAUACUGCGCCAAGAUAAGUAAGAAACUAGUACAGUUAUUAGUUAUGUCUGUAGCAACUAGUCCAGCUGAUUGCAAAUCAUGAAUCCAUUUCUGUAUCCAGUGAAGUGAGUGCUUGUUGGCUCAUUGUGUGCUGCCCCUGUUUGCAGUGGAUCUGGUCCUGAAGGAGCGAGGGAUUUGACAGUAGAGAGAAAAUUGUGAAAUAUGGAUGUCAGAUAAGAGAUAAGCUGGAUAGAUAGUUCAAAGGAAAUGUCCUGGAUAGGAACAGAGCAUGUGUAUAUCUCUGCUUUCAUCUAGAAGAGGAAGGUCUAAUGCCCUGCUAUCAUUUUAAUAUGCUAUGAAUUCAGCAAGGUAGUUUUGAAUCAAGAAUCCUGUGCUAUCUACACAAGUCUAUCCCUGGACAGUGUCCCUCUGACAUCCUCAAACAUCCAGCACUAACUCAAACCAGAUUAUUUUUGGCUGCACAGUGCUCUGACUCCAGCCAUUCUCCCAUCUCUGGGUUAUUUCAGAUCAGAAAUAUGUCAUCUUGACACAGGAAAACUACUUUGAUACCUAAUGACAUCACUACUGUUGUAGUGGAAGAACAGGAGAAUGUAGGUUCUCCAGCAGAAAUCUCCUUCUGGCAGAAGACAGACAUGUACAAGUGAAAGUACCAUGGCUCAUGUCCACAAACCAGAUGUUUUCACUGUGCAGUGCCAGAGGUGGAGUCCUGAACACUGUCACUAGGACUUUUGACCAUGAGAUUAUAUGAGAAAAUAUGGUACAUAUCCUGAAGGACCUCAGAUUAUUAUCAGUGGGAUUUUACACAUCUAUGAGUAAUAGAUUGAUGCCAAAGUGAUCAACAUGUUACAGAAAUGGAUGCUAGAUGAAGUUUUGCCCCAUCCACAUGCUUUCUGUAAGAAUCAUACAAGCUAAGAACAUCAAGUCAAGAGACCUGUGGACAGUUCCACUUUCGUGCCAAAACCUUGCGGGGCAAUGUUAUUCACUGCUUGAUACCAGUCUGAAGUAUUUAGGCAUCUCGGGCUGCAGUGGAAAUCUUCCGUCAAGUCCUGACUCCAGCUCUGAAAGACAUCACCUGGGAGAUUUCCUUUCACACCGUUGCCAAGCCUCACAAAUGACGGCAUCAGACUGCUAUGUACGCUUGUGGCUGCCGUCUGCUUCACCUGGAAAGCUUCAGACCAAAACCAUCAGGAAUUCUGAUAACCCUGUCUGGAAUGAGACUUUCUACUUUAGGAUCCAGAGAGAAGUUGAGAAUAUUUUAGAAUUGGCAGUGUGUGAUGAAGAUGCACUCACCAAAGAUGACAUGCAGUUCACAGUUCUUUUUAAUCUUGCUAGAAUCAGACCUGGGGAGACAAUCCGCGAGACUUUUGCUUUGAAACCAGAGACAGAGAGGUGCUUUAAGAAAUGGGAAAGUUUGGAAGUGGAAUUCUGGAUGGAAAGAGUUCCUGGCCCUCCAGAGCAUCUCAUUACCAAUGAUGUCCUAGUGUCUCGUGAGGUUUGCUGCUUGGAAGUGCAUGUGGACAUUAAUGAAAGCAGGAAAUACUUGAAAGAGGGUAAAAAUCUCGUGCUUACGGUGCCUGCAUCCCAUGAGAGAACCCAGAAGACGACAGAGGACACUGAUACUUUCUACUUCCACUGCGUGAAGGCUUGGGAGCCAGUCCUAAAAGUCAGGCUGCAGAAAGUUUCUGAUAAGGAAGAUGACAACAGCAAUUUAAGUGACACCUUAACAGUGCCACUGAAAUUUCUCCCUGUUGGACAUAAAGUGAAAGUAACCCUUCCCGUAAGACAUAAUGUGCCACUACAGUUGUACCUCCAACUGAAUGCUUGCACAGAAAAACUAGAUGUGCGCUUAGGGUAUGACCUGUGCCAAGGAGAGCAGGAAUUCCUGCAUAAGAGGAAGAGAGUCGUUGCUGGAGCCCUGAAAAGGGUUCUUCACCUGGAAAGAGAUCUACAUGGACAUGAGGUCCCAGUAAUAGCUGUUAUGGCAACAGGUGGAGGUCUCAGAGCAAUGUCAGCUAUGUUUGGCCACCUCUUAGCUCUUCAGAAGCUAAAUCUGUUGGACUGUGUCACCUACCUCACUGGGGCUUCUGGCUCAACAUGGACCCUAGCAGACCUGUAUGAGCAUGCUGACUGGUCACAGAAGUCUCUUGAGGGGCCACUUAAAGCAGUAAAAGAACAAGUGACAAAAUGCAAACUCAACCUUAUGUCUAUAGACCAUCUGAAGUAUUAUCACAAGGAGCUUGCUGAAAGGGCAAAAGCAGGACAUGUGCCAUCUUUUACAACUCUGUGGUCACUUGUUCAGGAGAUGUUCUUGCAUGAACGGCCAAGAAAGUACAAACUCACAGACCAGCGCAAGGCACUGGAGCAUGGACAAAACCCACUGCCUUUCUAUGCAGUCCUCAAUGUGAAAGAGGAGAAGUUUGGUACUUUCAAAUUUAGAGAGUGGGCAAAUUUCUCUCCUUACGAAGUGGCCAUGCCAAAAUAUGGAGUCUCCAUUCCUUCAGAGUAUUUUGACAGCGAGUUCUUCAUGGGAAGGAGAGUGAAGAAGCUGCCAGAAUCUCGGAUCUGCUAUCUGGAAGGUCUUUGGACAAACAUCUUUACUAGGAAUUUGCUGGAUGGCUUGUACUGGUCCUCAAAUUCAAAUGAAUUCUGGGAGCGAUGGUCCCAAGAUAUGGUAGAUAUAGAAAAACAUUCUCCUGAGGAAGAUGUUAGUGUUAUUGAGCCUCCGUCUUGCUUGUCAGGAAAGUUGUAUGAAAUGUUUCAGGACAUCAUGACCAAGCGUCCGCUGCUGGGAAAGUCUCAUAACUUCCUGAGAGGCUUAGAGUUUCACAAGGAUUAUAUCCAUCAGAAAAAGUUUAUUGAAUGGAAAGACACUGUGCUGGAUGGUUUCCCUAACAAUCUGACACCACUGCAGAAGUAUCUUUGUCUGAUAGAUGUUGGCUACUUCAUCAACACCAGUGGUGCAGCACUUUUCAAGCCAGAGAGGAAUGUAGAUGUCAUUAUAUCCCUUGAUUAUGGUUUGGGACAUGUGUUCAAGCAAUUAGAGAUGACAUACAAAUAUUGCAAGAUACAAAAUAUCCCAUUCCCCAAAGUGGAGCUAAGUCCAGAAGAAGAGAAGAACCCAAAGGAAUGUUAUAUAUUUGCGGAUGCAGAGGACCCCAGAGCACCCAUAGUAAUCCAUUUUCCCUUGGUGAAUGACACCUUCAAGGAAUUCAAGGAGCCAGGAGUGAGGCGUGGUCACUCAGAGAUGGAAGAAGGCAAAGUAAAUCUGGAGAACAACUGCUCACCCUACUACCUCAUUAGGCUAAUUUAUUCCUCUGAAAAUUUUGAUAAACUUGUGAACCUGAGCAAAUACAACAUCCUCAAUAACAAAGACCUGCUUCUCCAGGCAAUCAGGAGUGCUGUAGAACGAAAGAGAAGCAGAAGGACUGGGAAUUUCCCCAGCUACUCUGGAUACCCCUAAGCUGGGUAUCCAGCUUAUUUUUGCCCUGUUCCCCACUGAAGGCUAUGGCAGCACAUUGCAACACAUCACAGUCACAUUACAACACAUCACAGUGUUCAUUGUUUGCAGAAAACUGACCAAACCUGUACAUUUCUCACCUUGCCAUGUUCACGCUCCCAGCUUUCAGAAGGGUUUAUUUUAUCUCCUUCCCCCACAUUUUCAGACCACAAGAGUCUCACAAUGUGGUCUUUCUUGUUAAGAAAUUAGGGUCCUGGUAGGCAGAGACCUCCCAGGAUCUCCUUGAUGUUACAGUAUAUGGUGGUGGUGAUAGUUCUUUUUAUGAGCCUGUCCCUUCAACCCUGAGCCCAUUGUUGGUGUCCUUUCAAUACUUGAUUACAGAUCAAGUCCUGGCCAUUUGCAUUCAGUGAUGUCCAGAUUUUCAGAUAGGCUGAGCAACUAGAAUUUGCACUGAAUUGGUGGGAUCAGCUUUGAAGUCAGGCAUAUAUAUAUAUGUGAAAAGCAGCCAAACUGCAGUGUGGACAAUUGCACUCUGUCUGGCCUAUUUCCCUUGCUGAUUUAGAAGUUAUUCCUUUUUUCCAUUCCCCUGCAAGACUUUGGCACAGAAAUGCUGCUCCAGACUACCACAAAGGGGGCAGUUACAUUUCAAAAGAGAGGGCAGUAGCAGCAGUGGGUGAGCACAGCUCCUUCGAGCAUUGGCUGCAGGAAAGGUUCUGCAUGAAGCACAUGUGAUUGCAUUGAUUUAUAUCAGCAGUGCCUUUUUUGAUUAAAAUGUCAAGAGCCUGAAACAAGUUUUUCAUAGCAGAACUUUGAGAGGAAUAAUUACCAUAGACUCAAGUACAUUUAAUUUAGUGAUGAUGACUGAGACGUAAGCUGAUUCUCCUUACAGAUAUAAACUGAAUGUAGGACAACAUAACUCACGAACAGAGUGCAGAGCCAUUGUAUUUUCACACACAGAAGAUUUUUCCCUUUAUAGUCUUCUACCCCUGACAUCACAGGCAAAGUAUUUUUAAUAGGUGCUGCAUAAAAUAGAGCACAAAUUUUAAAAAAAUAGGACAGAUUUUCCUCCUUGCUCGUGGAAAAUAUUUGGAAAAUGACACCUGGCUUUCAUUUCCUCUGGAAUGCAGUGAGAGACUUUGCCUUGAGCCAGAAGCUUGGAACAUCUUUAUAGCCCUCCACUAGAUUAAAAAGAUCUUAGGGAAGGAUGCUGAGCAAUAUAAAACAGAGCUUCACAGAAGUUGGGGAAGUUUGCAGACUUCCUCACACUGAAGGAUUUGGACCUGUUUCUGAAUUAUUUUUUCCAAAUACAGUAUAUUCAUCAGGACUUCCAAGGAAAAUCUUACAUAUUUCUUCUGUGUUGGAAAUUUACUUGAGAUCUAGAAUUAGUUCUACUUGAAAUCCAAAAUCAGACAAAGAACGAAAAAGAGGGGUCUGUCUUUUUGGUAGACACAGACAAUACUGAAGCUCUAAAGAGAGAGCAUUUACAAAAGACAUGAUUUCCUGAAGCCUGCAUCUACUAAACACUGCUUCUGCUGCAAUGGCUGAGGCUCAGCAAUGCUUCUUGUACAAUGUUUACUUGCUGAGCUGAGGAACACCAUCCAGAACUGAGGAGCCUUAACGGCUGGAAUGCAAAUGUACCUCAGGAUUCAGAUCAUGAGAAGUUAACAACUAAUCAGAUACUGGCUGCAAGACAGAACAUAAAGAGCCAUUUUGAGUUGGGAGUUGAUCCAGCUGGAUCUGUUACCUUUGCUCAGGAGAGCAGCAUGUCCUGGCCCAGCAUUGUGUGGCACAUACAAGCCCACAUGGCUCUGUGCACACAUGUGCACAGGGUGUGCAGCAUUUCCAUGCUCCUCUGGCUGGUCCUAGAAAGCUCUGAUGCUGCAAAAAGAUAUUGCUGUUGUGUCCAUGGGCUACAGAGAAGAGUAUGUAACCCUUGUGAACCUUGGCAGCACGUACCCAGCAGUGAAGCAGCUCAGCCACACUGAGAAAAUUUGAUUUUGGUCCUACAAAAUGCUCCACAGACUAACAACUGGAGCAUGUUUGGUGCAUUCAUAGUGCUGCUAAUACAAACAGAGAGGCCCAGUAAAAUAUGAAGGAGCCACAAAACUGCAAAGGUUUCAGGUAACCCACAGCUGGUGGGGAAUUACUGUUCUGAGGGACUGUUAAACCCUGUUACAAAGGGAGGGAGCUGUGGGUGGGGAAGGUGGUGUGACUCUUCUGGGAGAAUUAUCACCAGAGAUUUUGCCAACACUUAAAAUCAGGUUGGGAACUGCUGCCUAAUUUUGGAGCCAGAGGCACAGACAGGCAUGUGCCCCUUCAUUUCCUUGGUGCCCCAUGUGGUACCUCUGUAGCCUUAAAUUAUAAAAGCUUUUUCAAAUAUAGUUUUGCAUUUCAGAGCCUGAAAUUAUGUGAGGGCUGUAUCAUUGCCUACCAGAGUGUCUUUUUGUUUCAUUUUGGUUGCCUCUUUGUUUUUGUAACAUGAUGUGGGUGUGGCAUAUGGGAACACGGUUUAGUGGUGGACCUGGCAAGGCUGGUUUAACAGUUGGACUGGAUGGUUGUAGAGGUCUUUUCCAGCAUAAUUGAUUCUAUGAUUCUGUGACAUUGGAGGAGUCAAUGUCAUAGAAUCACAGGAACUCCUCAUAGAAUGGAGGAGUUGCUGGUUUGAUGGUGCAGUAGGAGGACCUGGAGGGCAUUUGCGAGGACAGAGGCUGCUGGAGAACUCUGCAGGCUGGAGGGACCUACACCUUGCACUGUCUUGUCUGUGCAGCUUGUGGGAAGGGGUGGCUGGCACAGGGUGUCCUGAAAGCACUCCUGAGCUCGGGUUCAGAGCAUGCUGGCUUGCACUGCCCCCAAACCACAGAAAUACAAGGUGUAGUUUCAGUGCUGUAAGGGUGAUAAGACUUGUGCUCAGAACUGGUCCUUGUUCCCUUUAGGGUAAACAUGGAGUCUGAGGGCCUCUGAAAUUUUGUGUUGUUGUUCCUCAGAGGCUGUGGUUUUGUUUUUUAUCUUGUCCCCAUUCUUGCCUGGCCUAGUACCACAUGUUGUGCUGUGACUGAACAGAGUGCAUGGAAACCAAAGCAGGCACUUCCAGGAGAAAGCUGCCUCUCUCUGCAUCUCACCAAGAAAGGCAUGUGCCAUACUUAUACACCAGGCCUUGCUGGUCUGGUGCUGUGUUUGCUUAACCAUUGAAGAUGGAGGUGUGCCUGCCAAAAACCUUAUCCAAAAUGCACCCCAGAUCACUGCUCUCUGAUGAACAUUUUGCUGGAAAAACCCCCAAAAAUACAGAGCUUCCUAUCUGCUCUCAAAUACAAAGGAAAUGAGACUGUUCUUAAAACUAUUACCUGCUCGUCAUAGAAAUUGCUUGCUUGUGUCUUUUAA